UCUCUGCAAGCUAUGAUAGACCCUGCAAUAUCCAGCACCUCUAGGAAGAGAAAAACACCCUUCGCUCAAGCUGGAAGAAACUGAAGAUGGUACCAGUUGUUGUUGCAGUGCUGGCGAUGGUGCGGUUGGCUGCAUCAGAGCUCUUGAGCGAUCCCAGCAAUUGUACUCCCCAAAAUUUGAUUUGCUACAAGCCCUGCUGUGAAGCAGCCUUCCUCUGUCUUAUGAACUGCUCCUGGGAGGCUGGAUGUAAAGAAGAUGUCAACCAUAUCCUCCACUUAAGGGAUCAAACAGAAGGGGAAAUACAACCAUUUGAGGCUGGAAACCAGACCCACUUUAUUUUUAACACUGACACAGUCUAUGCUCGAAGAAAUUUUACUGUCUGGGUAGAAAGCAUGCUGAGGGACGGUCCUUCUUGGAUCUCAAAGAAUCAUACACUAUUGAUCAAGGAAUCCAUUGCCACAUGUCACCUGGAAAAAAAUAUGCGUUAUGAAGUGCAAGUUCGAUAUCGAACGGAUCACUGGAGCAGCCACUGGAGCAGCUGGAGUGAAAUCCUCUUUGUUCCUUGUGAAAUCCUCAGAAGUCCCACAGUAAAUUAUACUGUGGGGUCCCUAGGAAAGGAAGGCGAGAGGAACGUAACUUUGCAAUGGGCGAGACCCUCCGUGGAGCAAGGGGUGGUGAACUAUACUCUGACUUUUGUCAUGCUGGCCUGCAAGCCGUGUUCUUUUGGAUUAGAAAAGUACAACAUCACUGUACAUAACACAACUUCGUACCACACUUCUCUUUCUGCAGCUGAAUAUAACAUUUCGCUGGUAGCAAUUAACCACGCAGGGCGUUCUCCAGCUUAUUCCUUUAAGUUGCCACCAGAACAAAAUGCAGGUCCCAGUUUUCUGAAUGUCAGUCUGUCUGGAAGGCAUUACACUCUGGAGUGGAAAGUGGAUGAGGCUCACUUUUGCUUUGAAGCUGAGCCUCUUGGAGAAACCUUGCCUAAGAAAGACUGCAUGAAACCUGAUGCUACUUACCUGCUUACAGGGGAAAUGGAAUCCAACAGGUGUUAUCGCUUUGCAGUAUACAAAUAUGUUAUAAAGUGGAAAACGGUUGGAUAUAGUUAUCUUUUCCAUAGAAAUGCUUCUCUUGAAGAUGCCAUCCGUAUAAAUGUGACUAACCAAACUGCGAAUUCGGCUGUCAUCCAGUGGAAGCCUCCCAGAGCCCUCUCUGAUUGCCCAGGUGUACUGAAGAAAUAUAUCGUAUGUUGUCAAAAGGAGCAAUACGGUAACCUAACAUAUUAUGACGUCAACGUGUCACAAACAUGGUAUACAAUCCAGAACUUACAGCCUGAUACGGUCUACCUUGUUGGCAUCUGGGUCUCUACAGCAAAUAGCAAAGACAACUGCAAAGCUUUUUAUCGAUUUCUAACCAAAGCUCCAGAGUCCAAGCCGCUACCUCUGGUGCUUAGCUUUCUAUUUAUGGGGUUUUUUGGAGGCAUCCUUGUUGUCAUCAUCAUCUUCUACCUUGGCAAAAAAAGAAUGAAGAAAUCUCUGUUCCCAGCAUUGCCAGAUCCUGCGAAUACAGAAGCUGUGAAGUUCCACACCACAGCAAAAACGGGCCAGGCCCAGGUAAAGUUGAAUUUUAUGGAACCAAUGGAAGUAAACAGCACCAUGGAACCAUUGGUUGUAGAACCUUCAUCUGACAAAGAGGAGCCAGUUACUGAUACAACAAUGAACUUCUUGGGAUUUGUCAAAGGAACAGAAGAGGAACAUUCUCCCAAGGAGGACGAGGUGGUCUGUGAUGAAAUCCUACUUUCUGAAUAUGAGGGGCAAAGAUUUCUGAGUCCUGUGGAAGAAUCUGAAGAUUUUAUAGGUGUCUCUCAUGAAGAAAACACUUGUGAUGGUCCCCACCUCUUACUGAACAAUACUGAAGCUAGAGACCAAAAUGGCAUAUGCAUGUCCCAGGUUCCACUCUCCUUCAAACUGUUUGAUAAACUGGUGGUGAUUAAGAAUGUAGGUGAAGGCUUUGACAUUCCAUGCAGUGAUGGUACUUCAACCUAG